AUGGUCAGCCGUGUGGAGCAUCCGGCUGCUGGCUACAAGAAGAUUUUUGAGUCCGUGGAGGAACUCGGUGAACCCAUAACUGCCAAAGUCACCGGCGCGGUCCCAUCAUGGCUCGGGGGCAGUCUGCUGAGGAUGGGUCCAGGUCUUUUUGAGAUUGGGUCUGAACCUUUAUACCACCUGUUUGAUGGACAGGCUAUGAUCCACAAGUUUGAUCUGAAGAAUGGUCAGGUGACGUAUUACCGAAAGUUUAUUCAAACAGAUGCCUAUGUUCGAAGUGCGACAGAGAAACGAGUGGUUAUAACAGAGUUUGGUACCGCAGCUUAUCCAGAUCCAUGCAAGAAUAUAUUUUCCAGAUUCUUUACUUACUUCCAAGGUAUAGAGGUGACUGAUAAUUGUCUCGUGAACAUCUAUCCGAUUGGUGAGGAUUUCUACGCUUGCACCGAGACGAACUUCCUGACUAAAGUAGACCCUGAUUCACUGGAUACAUUAAAGAAGGUGGACUUGUGUAAGUAUGUGUCCGUCAACGGCGUGACAGCCCACCCCCACACAGAAGCAGAUGGAACUCUCUACAACAUCGGAAACUGCUUUGGAAAGAACUUCAGUCUUGCAUACAAUAUUGUCAAAAUCCCCGGGCCACAACAAGAUAAAUCAGACCCCAUCGAGAAAUCACAAGUGUUACUCCAACUACCAAGCAGCGAGAGACUCAAGCCGUCAUAUGUCCACAGUUUUGGAAUGACAGAAAACUACUUUAUAUUUGUGGAGCAGCCGAUCAAGAUCAACUUGCUCAAAUUCCUGUCGUCUUGGAGCAUCCGCGGAGCCAGCUACAUGGACUGUUUUGAGUCAAAUGAGAGCAUGGGUAACUGGUUUCAUCUGGCCACUAAAAACCCGGGCGGUUACAUAAACACCCAUAAGUUUCGUACAUCAGCGUUCAACAUCUUCCACCACAUCAACGCGUACGAGGACCAGGGCUUCAUUGUGGUGGAUCUCUGCUCGUGGAAAGGUUUUGAUUUUGUGUAUAAUUAUCUGUACCUGGCCAAUCUGAGAGAGAACUGGGCAGAGGUGAAGAAGGCGGCGAUGAGGGCGCCACAGCCAGAAGUCAGACGAUACGUUCUGCCCCUGGACAUCCACAGAGAGGAACAAGGAAAGAACCUGGUCUCACUGCCGUACACCACAGCCACCGCCGUUUUGUGCCAGGACGGGACCAUUUGGUUGGAGCCUGAGGUCCUGUUCUCCAGACCAAGAGAAGCCUUUGAAUUUCCUCAAAUCAACUAUCCUCGAUGCUCUGGACAGAAGUAUUCCUUUGCUUAUGGACUGGGGCUCAACCAUUUUGUGCCUGACCGGAUAAUGAAGCUGAAUGUCCAGACCAAACAGACGUGGGUUUGGCAGGAGGAGGACUGCUACCCUUCAGAACCUGUGUUUGUGGCUUCCCCAGAAGCUACAGAAGAGGACGAUGGACUCCUGCUGAGCAUAGUGGUGAAACCUGGAGCUGACAGACCCGGGGCUUUGCUGAUCCUAAAUGCUACAGAUCUGACGGAGGUGGCCAGAGCAGAAGUGGACGUGAUCAUCCCUGUGACGCUACACGGAAUGUACAAACCCUGA